UCCAAAUGAAGUGCAAAGACAACAGGAUUAAGCUGAUGAACGAGAUAUUAAAUGGAAUUAAAGUGCUGAAACUCUAUGCCUGGGAACUAGCCUUCAAGGAAAAAGUGCUUGGAAUUCGACAGGAGGAGCUUAAAGUGCUGAAAAAGUCUGCUUACUUAUCUGCAAUAGGAACGUUCACCUGGGUUUGCGCACCUUUCUUGGUUGCCCUAUCAACUUUUGCUGUAUAUGUCCUAAGUGAUCAGAACAAUGUUCUAGAUGCAGAAAAAGCAUUUGUUUCUUUGGCAUUAUUUAACAUUCUUCGAUUCCCAUUAAAUAUGCUCCCUAUGGUUAUUAGCAGCAUGGUUCAGACAAGUGUGUCAUUAAAACGUCUGAGAGUUUUCUUAUCUCACGAGGAGCUUGAACCGGACAGCAUAAUGAGACAUCCUCAGAAAAAUAGUCAUGGAUGUAUUGAUAUGCAAAAUGCCACAUUCUCCUGGUCCAAAAGUGAUCCCCCUUUACUGAAAGAGAUAAACCUUACAAUUCCAGACGGCUCCCUGAUUGCAGUGGUUGGCCAAGUAGGCUGUGGAAAGUCUUCUUUGCUAUCAGCGUUACUGGGAGAGAUGGAAAAGAAGGAUGGAUAUGUAGCAGUAAAGGGUUGUGUUGCCUACGUUCCUCAACAAGCGUGGAUUCAGAAUACCUCUCUUAAAGAAAACAUCCUGUUUGGAAGAGAACGCAAGGAACCAUUGUACAAGAAAGUUAUAGAAGCAUGUGCUCUGCUACCAGAUCUAGAGAUCUUGCCAUCUGGAGACCGAACCGAAAUUGGGGAGAAGGGGGUGAACUUAUCAGGAGGUCAGAAGCAAAGAGUGAGCUUGGCCCGUGCUGUUUUUUGCAAUGCUGAUGUCUACUUGCUGGAUGACCCACUAUCUGCUGUAGAUGCCCAUGUUGGGAAGCACAUCUUUGACAAAGUCAUUGGGCCUAAAGGCCUACUUAAAGAUAAGACUCGUAUACUUGUAACUCAUGGAGUGAGUUACCUGCCACAAGUGGACUCUAUUAUUGUGAUGGUGGAUGGAAAAAUAACUGAAAUUGGUUCCUACCAGGAGCUUUUGGAACAGGAUGGUGCUUUUGCAGAAUUCUUGCGUACAUAUGCCAGUGCUGAGCAGAACAAUGCACAAGAAGUGCCGAGCCCUACAGAAGAAAAACAUAUGGAAAAUGGAAUGUUGAUGAAUGAAAAAAGUGAGAAGUUUCUACAGCGACAGUUGAGUGUAUCAUCUGAAACAAAGUCUACACAGCAGAACAGCACUGCUGACAUCCAGAAAUCAGGAACUGAGAAAGAGGUCUGGAAACUGACUGAAGCUGACAAGGCCAAAACUGGCAGGGUUAAAAUGGCAGUGUUCUGGGAAUACAUGAAAGCCAUAGGUCUCCUUCUAUCUUUCCUGAGCGUAAUUCUGUUUUUCUGCAAUCAUGUUUCUUCCUUGGCUUCCAACUACUGGCUCAGUUUAUGGACCGAUGAUGAAGUAGUCAAUGGCACCCAGCAGAACACGAAAAUGAGACUUAGCGUUUAUGGAGCGUUAGGAAUGUCACAAGGCAUUGCAGUUUUUGGAUAUUCCACAACAGUGUCUCUAGGGGGCGUCCUUGCUUCUCGGUACCUACAUAUGGAUUUGCUUCAUAAUGUUCUGAGAUUCCCUAUGAGAUUUUUUGAGAAGACUCCAAGUGGAAAUCUUGUAAAUCGUUUCUCCAAAGAGAUGGACACUAUUGAUUCUACGAUUCCCCAGAUUAUUAAGAUGUUCAUGGGUUCCCUGUUUAAUGUAAUGGGGGCAUGCAUUAUAAUUCUGAUUGCAACACCGAUAGUAGCUGUAAUUAUUCCACCCCUGGGGCUGCUCUACUUUUUUGUUCAGAGAUUUUACGUGGCAACUUCACGACAGCUGAAACGUUUGGAGUCAGUCAGUAGAUCCCCUGUGUAUUCACACUUUAAUGAGACACUACUAGGAGCAAGUGUCAUCCGAGCAUUUGGAGAGCAGAAGCAAUUCAUCCAAAUCAGUGACUUCAGAGUGGAUGAAAAUCAGAGAGCUUAUUACCCCAGCAUAGUCUCCAACAGGUGGUUAGCCAUCAGGCUGGAAUUUGUUGGAAACUGUAUUGUCUUAUUUGCCUCCCUGUUUGCAGUAAUUUCCAGGUAUACUCUUAGUCCUGGGUUAGUUGGGCUUUCUGUCUCCUAUGCAUUACAGGUGACAACCUACCUGAAUUGGCUAGUGAGGAUGUCUUCAGAACUGGAAACCAAUAUAGUCGCAGUGGAGCGAGUGAAGGAGUAUUCUGAUCUGGAGCAAGAGGCCCCAUGGACGCUUCAGGAGACUAAACCAGAAAGCAGCUGGCCUCAUGAAGGAAAGAUUGAGUUCCACAAUUUCUGCUUACGUUACCGAGAAGAUUUAGACCUUGCGUUGAAGAACAUUACUGCUACUGUCCAGGGUGGGGAGAAAAUCGGGAUUGUUGGAAGAACAGGAGCUGGAAAGUCAUCUCUCACCCUAGGACUGUUUCGUAUUAACGAGGCUGAUUCUGGAGAAAUUAUUAUAGAUGGAUGCAACAUAGCCAAAAUUGGUCUGCAUGACCUUCGAUUUAAGUUAACAAUUAUUCCUCAGGACCCAGUCUUGUUUUCGGGAUCACUCCGCAUGAACCUUGAUCCCUUUGAAAAGUACACAGAUGAAGAGAUCUGGUCUGCUCUGGAGCUUGCUCAUCUUAAGAACUUUGUUUCAGGUCUUCCUGACAAGCUGAACCAUGAGUGUGCAGAGGGUGGAGAAAAUCUCAGCGUUGGCCAACGUCAACUUGUGUGUCUGGCACGAGCACUUCUUCGGAAGACCAAAAUCCUGGUUUUAGAUGAAGCCACAGCAGCUGUGGACUUAGAGACUGAUGGGCUUAUUCAGUCAACUAUCAGAAAAGAAUUUGAAGAUUGUACAGUUAUAACCAUUGCUCAUCGGCUAAAUACCAUCAUGGAUUACACAAGGGUGAUGGUUCUGGAUAGAGGCCAAAUUGCAGAGUUUAAUUCUCCAAGCAACCUUCUUCAGAAGAAAGGAUUUUUCUACAACAUGGCCAAAGACUCUGGAUUAGUGUGAAUUUGUUA